GUGUCAUCGCUGGGAGUCACCACCUUCAGCCUCUGUGCCCUGGGCAUCGACAGGUUCCAUGCAGCCACCAGCCCCCAGGCCAGUGCCCGGCCCAUUGAGCAGUGCCAGUCCAUCAUCGCCAAGCUGGCCGUCAUCUGGGUGGGCUCCAUGACACUGUCGGUGCCAGAGAUCCUGCUCUGGCAGCUGGCACAGGACACAUCACCCGUGUCCGGUGUGGUAACAGAGUAUUGCACCAUGAAGCCCUCGUCCAACCUGCCCGAGUCCGUCUACUCGCUGGUGCUCACCUACCAAAACGCUCGGAUGUGGUGGUACUUUGGUUGUUACUUCUGCUUGCCCAUCCUCUUCACUGUGAGCUGCCAGCUGGUGACCCGGAGGAUCAGCGGCACUGAGAAGAAGACUGAGUGCCGAGGGACCAAGCACAGCCAGUGCGAGAGUCACUUGAACUGCACCAUCAUCGGGCUGACCAUCAUCUAUGGGCUCUGCACCACCCCUGAGAAUGUCUGCAACAUUGUGGUCGCCUACAUGUCCCCUGACAUGUCCAAGCAGACCUUGGACCUGCUAAACCUCAUCAACCAGUUCUUCCUGUUCUUCAAGUGCUCUGUGACUCCCGUCCUGCUCCUGUGCCUCUGCAGACCCCUGGGUCAGGCCUUCAUGGACUGCUGCUGCUGCUGCUGUGAGGGCUGCAGCCCCGCCACUGCCUCCAGUGAGGGCAGCGCCGACAGCAAGCUCAAAACGGAGAUGUCCUCCUCCAUCUUCUUCGACAAGCCCCGGGAGUCCCCUCCACCCCUCCUGGCCCUCGGCACACCUUGCUAAGUGCCACCGGGAGCUGUAGAGAUUGAUUCACCACCUCCCCCCAAGACCAAACGUUGUUUUGCCAUUAGUGCCCGUGUCUGGACGUGGAGCAAGCAGAAGAGACAGCUCAGGGGACUACACCAUGGGCUUCAAACCCCACAUUGGGCAAGUGGGGCUUGAAACCCGAGUCCCCGUGGCUCCAUUGGUGGCCUUCUUGCCUCUGCCCAAAGGCCAGUGAGGACAUCAGCACCCUCCUGUCCUGGCCAGGCUUGGAGGGGUUGCUGCUCUGGUGAUGGAGUUGUGCCAGAAAGGUGCCAUCUGAAAUUACAGAGGGUUUCCAUGGUGGCUUGCAGAGGACACAGCAAACAAACUGCCCUCGUCCUGUCCUGUCCCCUCCUGCCAGCCCCCUCCCCAGUAGGAGAAGGUCCCGGUGACUGUAUCCCACCAGAUCCCUGCAGUGCCCUGUGUAAGACCUCAAUAAACCAGUAACCUAGAGCACAC